AUGAGAGCUGCUGUCAAUCUUCAUAUCAACAUUACUGACGACAUGAGAGGUGGAGUGGGUGGUGGUGGUGGUGGUAUGCCAGGAUACGCCAUGACCCGAACUCCAUCUAACUCAAGUGUCAACAGCACUUCAUCAAACCCGCCUCCACUCACACCUAUCAACCAGACAAUUGGCACACCAACAAUCAACCGUCAAUUCAUGUUCCAUAGACUGAACUCUGUGUCAUCAAUUGCAACUUCUGAAGAUGAUAGCGACGUCAAUGCCAGAUUAGACAACCCUCUCGACUCAUUUUUGGAUUGGCCCAGUCAAGAUGAUGACCUGUUAAUGAACAUCUAUCAGGCUUAUAUUGACAAUCCUACUACGGCGCCAUUUGCUGGAAAGAUUCCUCCUUCUGGAGUUGUCCAUCAAGUCGCUAAAACAACAUUGCAUGAAGCCAAAAAGAAGAGCCGUCCUUUUCUUCAUAGCAUGCUUGCAGUGAGAAAACGGUUACUUCUACUUUGUGAACGUAAUUCUGCACCUACGCAAAUCUAUACUAGAGCAUCAUCGACCAGUUCACUCUCUUCUAAUUCUAGCUUUAAUUUUUCAAACGCCCCAGCAAUCACUCCCGGUACCAUUCCUCCUAACCGUUUCUUUCGUCAGUUGUCUUUUGGUAGCAAUGGCUCACCAGAGUCUCCAGUUAUGACACCACUUGCCAAUCGCAUCAAACGACCGUGCACCGGGUUUGCUAAUGGAACAUCACCAGGCGAAGCUCAUGCCAUUACUACCAAUGAUGGUGUGUCUUUGUCAGCCUUUAUGUUAGGUCAUCCGGAUGACUACGACGAGGAAAUGGCUUUUGCUGAUGAAUCGCCAUUAGGAACUUCACUUCUUCCACCACCUCCAACUUUCAGAAUUCCCGAGUAUGAAAAUAGCAAUAACAACAACAGUAACAACAAUGCAGGUCCUCAAAGCCCUAUAGACAUACAACCAUCACCAUUUGAUAGAAAGACACGACAGGGAAGCACCAGCAGCCGAGGAAGCCCCAAGCUUGGAAGCCAAUCGCAAAAUGUUCCACCUCAACAGCCCAAUGCUUACAGUUCGCAGACUCAACAGAACAUUGCCAACUGGCUUCUUAACACCCCGAAUCAUCAUGGCCAAGCCACGACGUCUGGCCUAGGUAUGCCGCUCACCCCAGCACCCUCGCCGCUGAACAUCAAGAACGCCCACCGAGCCAGUGUCGGGACCAGUGCUCAAGCUAAUCCAGACGAUUUCGAUUUUGGUUUGGAUUCGCCAUUCAAAGAAAUGACCGUCACUCCAACCCGCCCCCACCAACAGUCCCCCGGCUCUCAACCAUCCACCCCCGUUGAGGAUCCAUAUCCCAACUACACUGCCCAGAGAAAGCGUGAGAGUUUGCGCAUGAAACGAGGAAUGAAAGCGCCCAUCUAA